AUUUUGACUACGCCCGAUACAUGAUGUUUGCUCGCGUAAUCGAAGAAGAUGGCGAACUGCAGAUCUGCAUACGCGAUAAAGUAACAUUCUAUAUAUAUAUAUAUAUAUAUAUAUAUAUGUACUCAACAAAACAAAAAUACAUACACACACACGAAAUUAUAUAUAUAUAUAUAUAUAUAUAUAUAUAUAUAUAUAUAUAUGUAUAUAUGUAAAUGUGUGUGUAUGUAUGUAUAUAUAUAUAUAUAUAUAUAUAUAUAUAUAUAUAUAUAUAAAAAAAAAAAAAAAUACAUACACACACACAAAAUUAUAUAUAUAUAUAUAUAUAUAUAUAUAUAUAUAUAUAUAUAUAUGUAUACAAAUGUGUGUGUAUAUAUGUAUAUAUAUAUAUAUAUAUAUAUAUAUAUAUAUAUAUAUAUAUAAUUUCGUGUUUGUGUAUGUGUAUAUAUAUAUAUUGCAUAUUUUCAAAAAAAUCAAUUUUAAUCUCAUGAAAAACAUGUAAAGUAAUGAAAUACCCUUGGAAAUGUAUCUGUUAAUUAUUUUUAAGGAAACUGCAUUAUAAUACCUGGGUAGAUUUAAUUAAUUUUAAUUUAUUCAUUUAUUUAUUUAGGCAUUUUUAUAUAGCGCUUACCUUAAAGCUCUAAGCGCCUUACAAUUAUUAAAAACAUGUAAACUAACUAAAAUAAAAAUGAGACUUUAAGAUAGUAACUACUAUACUAUAGAAACAAUUAAAAUGGCUAUACAACGAGGACACUUUGGCACGUUUUGGCCUAUAUUACAAGAUUAACCCGAGACAGAAAAUGAGGCAGGGCAAGGAGGUUGCAUCACAGGUCAUAGGCGGAUCUAAACAGAUGGGUUUUAAGGGACUUUUAAAAUAUUUUUUAAGGAAAGUAAUAUUAAUCUAAAAAGAUAUUUUAAAAAAAGCAAUGAAUUAAAUAAAAGUCCACAAUUAAUAAAUUGAAAUUUGACUCCCCAAUUAUUAACUUGUAAAUCUCUUUCUCUUUUAAGUUGUCGUAACGACAUUUGUCUCCAAAUAUGUACGAUUUAAUUUUCUAUAAAAAACUAGUUAUUGCUGUAAAUGCAUUUAAAAUAUAAGAUUAUAUUUUUAUCAAUCAGAUAGCCUUACUUUUUUAAUGAAAACUGAGAGGAUGAAAUCUUAUCAGAAUAACACUAUGUCACAGGUAAAUAAAAUGCUUCUGGAAUAAUAAAGCAGACAAUGGAAAAAAUUGUGAUUGGUAGGACUCAUUAUUUAUACUGAUUGUAGUGACGCUAAUCGUAUCUACGAAAUAAGUCUACGGAUCAUCUUCCUUAGAACUCAGAUUUUAGAAAAAAAUUGAGACAACCACUUUUUUUAAAAAAAGUGUGUUUUUUUCAGUUUCUGAUGCAUGAUAAUGCUAUUGUUCGUUUACCAUAGGUGGAAAAAAAAAUUAUGAUUAUAAAAUAAAGUCAAUCAAAAUGUAUUUGAGAGGACAAUCCAGCAGCCAUCUUCAUAUAAGCCAAAAUUUUCAAUUCCAGUAGAAUCCUACAUUGCAGGAUGCUCCAUCGUUUGAAAUACUGACACAACUCAUUUAGUUGGUAUGGAAUUAAAUAAUCGCAGAAACCAACGUUUUUCGUAUAGAAACUUUACAAAUGCAAUAUCCAGCAAUGAAGCUGAGGAUAAAAAUUACACAAAACAUGAACUUAAUUUAACAACUUUAUAAGAAACCCUACCUCCCCUCCAACACAUUUUUCACACCACAUAAUUAUAAAAAUAGUGUAAUGAUCCAUCUGCUCUUAAACCGCAGAUUCAUUUCAAAAAGUAUUACAGGAAAUUACAAGGAAAUUUUUCGUACCAAAUGCAAUUCCGAAAUUUUAUUUUUAAGAAUCUCAUCUAGCGUUAUUAUCGGACAUUUUAUUUCGUGAAAUCGGUGUCAUGUUUCCUUCAUUUUCGCCCUUGAAAAUAGGGUUAAACAUGGAUUUUUUGAGAUUAGUGUUGUGUGUUGGAGAUGAAGAUUUGAUAAAGUGUGUCGUUAUUGGCAUCAAGUCUAUUUGCCAAGAUUCAGUAGUUUUAUGAGGUUGACGAAAAAUGAGUCAGUACGAUUCCCUUCACAAAUAUUUUGCCAGCUGCUAACAAAAAUAAAGUUAAUAAAAAAGGAUUCAAUUAAACAACCCAAAAUGACAAAGAUUUUGUAUAUUUACUUUUAAAAAUAUAAUAUCCUUCUAUCAGGGUGUUGCUGAAAAUUUGACAUGACAUGAAUUCCAGUAACUCAGUUUAUAAGAAUCCCUAUUGGUGCUUCUCCUCCAAACCCCAAAGGCUCUAACCGAACAUUUCUUUCAAAGCCCUGAACUGCAAUAAUACUCAAAUGACCUACUUGCUUUUACACCGCUGAUUUAUUUCCCCAAUUAUUUUAGAAAAAAAAAGAAAAUAUAACGCACUAAACGCAUUUUCGAUAUUUUGUUUUAAAAGAAUCACAUUUAGCGCAGUAAUCAGGAAUUUUUCUUUAUGUUGCCUUUCGAAAAUAGGAAAAACUGAUUGUUUGUGGUUGGGGUGGAGCUGAAAAUUUUAUGGAAUGUGUUAUUGGCAUCAAGUGUAUUAGUUAAGUUUCACUUCAAAGGGUUGAUGGAAAGGGCGUCAAUUAGCUAGCCACGAACAAAAGGGAAUUUAAUAUAUUUUUUUUAAAAUUGUAAUUUUCCUCCACAACUGAAGAAUGCCUAAAUAAACUCGCAUUUGUAAGAAAAAGGGCAACAACCACUUUUUUGACAAUGUUAAUAGUGCAUAUCUUACAUGAAAUUUGAUGCACGUAUGUAAAAUAACAAUGAAAGAAAACCUAGAAAUAUUUUUUCUCACAUUUUUUUUUUUUUUAAAUCUAAAAAUGCAUUUCGUGCAGAGUGAACGUGGAAGAUAAGUGAGCAGUGUGGCUGUUUUACAAUAGAAAAAGUCUAAGAACGAACAUCACAAAGCAGUGUAAAGAAAGAAUCUCACAAACGUUUAAAACUCACAUACGAAAGCAGAAUCAAAACAAAAGUCGUAUUAAGAAGAGUGUAUUGUAGUGUCUGGAACCAAUUAGUCUUUAGGCUUAUAAAAAGAUGAAGUUAUAUUGGUCCAAAAUGCCGGAAAAUUGACUAGUGGACUGCAUAAAUCCUAGGCAAAAAAACAAAAAAAACAAAAAAACCAUCUUUAACUAUAUUGUUUACGUAAGUUUCAUGGCUGGACAUUAACCCCAUGAUACAGAGGAUUUACAAAAAGCUGACUUUCUAAGUUUCAGAUAUACUUACAUAAAUGACAAGACUGAUUGGUUGGAGAUUUUUUUUUAAAUAGGUCAGAUAGAAGAAUUCGUAAAUAACACAAAAGUAUGGUAAGCAGCUAUCCAGAGAAAACUUAUUAACAUGAAAGUAUUAAACAAGUAUUAAAAUUUGAAUUAGGUGUGACUAAAAUCUCAUCUAAACCCAUAAGACUCCUACUUUUGGGUAUCCUUAACAAGCUACCUGGUUACUUAAACAGUAACAACUGUGACAUAUAAUCACGAUUUUAAGAUACUAAAUUUAAGUUGUUGUUUUUUUUAAUUUUUCCCCAGGAGCUAGCUAACUUGUAUAACAUGUUCUACACUCGCUACACCCUUGAUAGAUAUGCCUAUCAACACAAAGUGAACUGUGGUCUUGAAAUCAUGUAAGACUUUGUUGGUUUUCUGAUUAAAAUUUUAAAUUCUCUUUUAAAUAAGUUUAAGAUGUUACGCAAAUUAUAAGACUUUACAAAUAUAUGAUAGGUGUGUUUAUGCUUUAAAGAAUUGCGAUUUCUCUUUCCGACCUCAUUUGUUUAAAUAAUGUAAUGUAUAAAUAGUUUCUACAACAACAAACAUUACGUUGGGGAGUUGCUAAUUGAUAAUCACGUGGCACAGGGUGAGAAUGGCAGAGAGAAAUGUGUUUUAUGCCCACGCUCUUUAAGGUAGAAGUAUUUUAAUAGUGUAUACCACCAACGCGUUAUUGGCACCCAAACUAUGAUGCUGGCAAUUCAAUAAUUAAGAAAACACUGAUCGUUUGGCAAGCGUUCCUAAUUUAUUUUUAAAUGUUUUAUUACAAUAUGUUAUUCAACAUCUCCCAAACUUUUAUAUAAAACGCUAAUACUGAUCUGUGUCACUUUAAUUAGCCAAAUUAUACCUUACCUCGCUCCUCGUUCUACCAUAAGAUCAAAUGAGAAAUAAAUAAAACAAUUUAUGACAAUUUCUAUGAAAUUAAAAAACAAAUGUAAUGAAAUGUUUGAACUUUAAAUCGACAAAAUGAGCGAAAGGAAGAUAAAAAUAAGACUUUUUUAAUCUACAAUGUAAUUGCAUAGAAAUAAAUAAUUACUGAUGUUUAAUUUAUUUUUAACAGGGUAACUGAUGCCCUUGUUCUUGCCAAUGAUUAUAUCAAGUUCAAAGGAGAAGGCAAGUAAGUAUUUAUCAAUUUAAAAUGAUUAAACUUAGUUUAGUUCAAUAAGGGAUUAAAGAAUCACCAUAUGGUUAUAAGGGACUGUAUCUAAAGCGUUAUCUUCAGUAUUCAGCAAUCUUCUUUACCUUUCUGGGCCCCAAAUGCUAUACAGUCCAGUUUUUCUUUGAGAUGGCGUUAGCGAUCUGUUCUUGGACAUGAUCGUGAAACUACAUUUCUAGUUCAGUUUCAAAUAAUAUUAAGCGAAUAUAUUUUCCAUCGGAAUUUUCCACAUCAUUUGUGAGCAGAGAAAAUAAAUGUGUAACCUAUUGCCAUAGGACCUGUUGCUAUUCAAAUGCUCCCUUUAACGAAUUUACUAUUGUUUUAUAUACGUUUAUUGACUACAAAUUACUAAUUCAGCAGCAAAUAAGAAAAGUUACACAUACAUUUUCUGUGCAGAUUAUUGAUACGAACUACGAAUAACGGACAGCUUAAACGUAAAUUUGGGAAGGAAUACGUCAUUUCCGCGGGAACUCCCCGUAUUAAUUUAUGCUACAUCGAUCUGAAUAUUAGUUGUAAAGCCAAGAUAUUUGGUUUAAACAUUACACUGUCAAGGACAUGAGAAUCGCUGUUAUGUUUGGGGUUACCAUAAAUGUUUGGUAUAAAAUAUAUUUAGUGUAGAGAGUAUGUGUGUAGAUGUAUCUAUUGUGUUAAGAGUUUUGUGACGUAAUUGGGUAAGGGGAAAUGACGUGUUAAUUUUGUUGUUAGGAUAAACGAUGACCAUGCAGUAGAGUUGGUUGAUGUUCACGGUAUAAAAUGUUGUAUGCUGCUGAGUGUUUUAAUCCUAGCUGUCUUUAUACAGUGAAUAAGCUUAUAGUGUAAACUGAACUAUGUAGUUUUAUGUAGAAAUGGUUGUAAUACCGUGAGAGACAAUUCCUAACAAAAUAGUAGCCUGAACUUUAUUUUAGACGACUAUUUGUAAUUGAAAUCUAAGUCUAGACAUAGACAAAAGCAAUUUUAUAAGAUUAUUCAAUAUUUAAUGUUUCCAACAAAACUUGACAGUAUCUUCGAACCAAUAUAUAAGAAGUUUAAAAAAGCAAAUUUCAAACCCACUAAACUUCUUAAAAAUGUGAUUGGAUAUAAGCAGCUUCCAUUCCCAUUGGGUUUAAUUUCUUAUUGAAAAUUGAUUGGCUCAUGAUACCUAAUAGGCAUCGUAAAAGAUUUUUUAAAAAAUUGUUGGUUAUGUCCUAAAAUUUUUAAGAACUUCAUUAACACAAUAGGACUGAUGUCCGUCACGAAGCACAACUCAUAUGAAUGACAAUAACAUCAGCUUACUCCAUCAACAACAAAUACCUUACAUAUACACUGAUAAUGCAUAAUUCACUGGACAAACUUGCGUUGGAGACACUUUAAAUAACAACCUCAUAAUAGAAGGUUUCAAAUAAUUGAGUAUUCUCUUCUUCUUCUUUAUUUUGAGGGCCCACGAUCAAUGAAUUGAUCUUUCUAGCUCCUGUGUUUCAGAGGCGUUGGAUAUAUUACUGUGCAUGGUUUUCACCGUGAUACUUCUUUUCCCUUAGCAACAAUCGAUACUAUGUUUGUAUUUGUCGUUGUCUUAGUUUUUCGAUCUUUAGUGUUUUAUAUACCAAUAUAUAAGUGUUGGUAACGUAAUCCCAGAUACUAAAAGUUUACUUAACUAUUAUUUGUUCAAGCACAUCAUGAAACAUAUCAUACAUGAGUACAAAUAAUGUAUUUUACAGUUCCUGGUAAAGAAACACGGUUAUGUUUUUAAAAAAUAUAAACGUUAAGUUAACUUCGCUUCCUUCAUUCAAGUUCAAUUGUAUAGCUUGAUAGAGUUCUUCACAAUUUCGUUAAUUGAUGUGUCCAUGCUUUAUUUUUCUUGAAUGAUUAUUAAGUAAAAUAAAUUAUAAAAAGGCAAAUGAUUAAAAAUGGAUUUAUUGUAACACCUGUUACAACAAGUAUCAAGAGUCAUAAUGUAAGGUCUAUCAGAAUGACUGGAGAAUGUAUUUUAGAUUAGUGCCAAAAAGAAAGCUUUUACAGAUAGCUUUGUUUCCUAAUAUAAUAUAUUAACAUGUUGUAAAAAUAAUAACCAUUGGGAGAUAUAGUUUUCCUUUUUAUUAUUGUUUUCAUUCAUAUGUUAGGUCUAGUUCCACUAACGAAAAAACUCUUAGAACUAAUUAAAUUUACAAAACCAUACGUAACAAUUACUUAUAUAGUACUACUCAUUACAAACAUCACAUUUUUUAAAUAAGUAUUUACUUUUGGAUAUGAGAGUUGUAAAUAUAUAUAUAUAUGCUAAAAGGGGGUGUCAAUGUAAAAAUAUCUAUAUAAAACAAGUGGGGACGGUGUUACGAUUGAAAAAGAAAAAAAAAUAGAAAUACAAUUAAUAAAUAGCAUUCAUUUUUUACAGGUCAAAGCUCAUUUGACAUCUUAGAAUUAACAUUUUUUAUUCAAAUGUAUAAUUAAGUAUUUUAAAAAUGUAAAUUAACAGAAUCUGUUUGAUUAACAGGAAAAUGCUUAACAUUUCUGAGUGCAUAACGGAUAUGAAAGCAUAUACUGAACUCAACGACAAUGUCCUUUUCAAAAUUUUAUAUUUCGACAAUGAAGAUGAAAUGGACUCACAGAGUUCAUCCUCUGAAUCUGUUUAUAGCCCAAUUUUGUUUACACCUGAAACAAACGAUGAAUGGGACGUAGAGGAGGCGAGUGAUAAUGAAGAGAUUGUAAUGGAG